AUGUCCGGGGCAGCAGAAUUUCUCAACAAAGGCAUCGACCUCGUGCAGAAGGCCAUCGAGGCCGACACGGCCACGCGCUACGAGGAGGCGUACAAGCUCUACUACAACGGGUUGGACUACUUGAUGCUCGCGUUGAAGUACGAGAAGAACCCGAAGUCCAAGGACCUCAUCAAGUCCAAGUUCACGGAGUACUUGACGCGCGCGGAGCAGCUCAAGGACCACUUGGAGAAGCAGCAGGCGCGGGCCGGCCUGGGCGAGCUGUCGGCGGGCGGGUCCACCAAGGCCAAGAAACUGGGCGGCGAUGGCGACGAGGACGACGCGGACACAAAGAAGCUCCGCGGCGCGUUGGCCGGCGCCAUCUUGCUGGAGACGCCCAACGUCAAGUGGAGCGACAUUGCCGGCUUGGACGCGGCCAAGGACGCGUUGAAGGAGGCGGUGAUUCUCCCGGUCAAGUUCCCGCAGUUGUUCACCGGCAACCGCAAGCCCACGGCGGGCAUUCUCUUGUACGGCCCGCCCGGCACGGGCAAGUCGUUCUUGGCCAAGGCCGUGGCCACGGAGGCCAACCUGACGUUCUUCUCGGUGCUGUCGUCGGACCUCGUGUCCAAGUGGAUGGGCGAGUCCGAGCGCUUGGUCAAGCAGUUGUUCACCAUGGCGCGCGAGAGCCGCCCGGCCAUCAUCUUCAUCGACGAGGUCGACGCGUUGUGCGGCCCGCGCGGCGAGGGCGAGUCCGAGGCGUCGCGCCGCAUCAAGACCGAGCUCUUGGUGCAGAUGAACGGCGUGGGCAACGACGCCGGCGGCGUCUUGGUGCUCGGCGCCACCAACAUCCCCUGGCAGUUGGACGCGGCCGUGCGCCGCCGCUUCGAGCGCCGCAUCUACAUCGCCUUGCCGGACGCGGACGCGCGCCGCCGCAUGUUCGAGUUAAACAUCGGCGACGUGCCCUGCGAGUGCUCGCCCCAGGACUUGCGCGUGCUCGCGGACAUGACCGACGGCUACUCGGGCCACGACGUGGCCGUGGUGGUGCGCGACGCGUUGAUGCAGCCCAUCCGCAAGAUCCAGCAGGCCACCCACUUCAAGCGCGUGGGCGCGGACCGCGCCCGCUUCACGCCCUGCUCGCCGGGCGACGCCGGCGCCACGGAGAUGAGCUGGCUCGACGUCGACACGGACGCGCUCCAGGAGCCCGAGUUGACCGUCAAGGACUUCAUCCGCGCCAUCAAGAACAACCGGCCCACGGUCAACGCCCACGACAUCGAGAACCACACCAGGUUCACCCACGACUUCGGCCAGGAGGGCAACUAG